GAAAGAGAAUAUAACAAUGAGGCUGUUAAAUGCAUCAUGAACUUAACAGAUUUGAGAGUAGCUAGUCAGAAAGUUGGUCCAGUUAUAAAAGAAGUUGCUGAACUGUGUGGUAAAAUACCAAAUCAGCUACCAAGUAAGACCACAGUUGAUGCCAUUGUAGACAGGAAGCUGUCAGUAGCACAGAAACAGAUCUCGCAGACAUUACCAAAUAAAGAAUGUACCACUUUAUAUACAGAUGAAACUAGGAAAUAUGGAAAGACCAUGCAGAGAUACAUUGUCACCAUUGAGAAUCAGACUUCAUAUGUGAUUGGGCUAAGAGAGAUGUUUAACAAAAGCGGAAAGUGUACCCUGGAUACAUUUCGAGAAUUUUUACAUGACAUCAGUUCCCUUAGUGAGAGAGCAGAGCCAGACAGAAAUGUUGGGUUUCAAAUUUUGAAGAACAUCCAAAACACGAUGUCUGAUAGAGCAGGAACAGAAAAAAACUUUAACAGAUUAUUAGAAGAGUUUCGUAAGGAAGUUCUACCACAGGUUGUUGACAAUUGGGAUGCCUUGACUGAAGAUCAACAAAAGCCAAUUUCAGCUAUGAACAACUUUUUCUGUGGUCUUCAUUUAUUAGUUGGGAUGGCGGAUGUAGCCGAGGAGUCUUGA